CACGCCCCUCCUCCCCCCAAUCUCCCGAGCCUUCUUUCUCGUCCCCAAUCGCGUCCCAAACCCCCCACCCACCCUGCGCGGAUCGAUCCCCCACCGACUGCGCAGUGGCAGCCGCAGCCGCGUCCCCGUCUUCCUCCCCGCCGAUUCGGCCGAGCGAUCGCGGCUGCCCUCGUCCACCCAUGCUUCCCCGGGUGGCUGCGGACGAGAUAUGAGCCGGCGGGGAAUCGACGGAACCGCCGACGCCACCCGCCAUGGACCCCUCCGAGCGCCCCGCCGUCGUAUUCGACAACGGCACAGGGUAUAGCAAACUUGGGUUUGCUGGUAACUCCGAGCCGUCUUUCACCAUCCCUACUGUAGUAGCUGUGAAUGAAUCUUUCUUGGACCAAUCAGAGCAGUGCAGUAGUGCAAAUUGGCUAGCACAGUAUAAUGCAGGUGUCAUGGCUGAUCUUGAUUUUUUUAUCGGGGAUGAGGCUCUGUCACAUUUCAAAUCUAGUGGCCUGUACAGUUUAAGAAGCCCAAUUCGUCAUGGUCAGGUGAAUGACUGGGAUACAAUGGAGAGAUUUUGGCAGCAAUCCAUUUUCAAUUAUCUACGGUGCAAUCCUGAGGAACACUACUUCCUACUUACAGAUAGUCCUGUCAGUACGCCGGAAAGUCGUGAAUGUAUGGGAGAAAUUAUGUUUGAGACCUUUAAUGUCCCUGGUCUAUAUAUUUCUGUGCAAUCUGUGCUCAGCCUUUCUGCUGGAUUUGCAUAUCUGAAAAGUCUUUCUGAAGAGGAUUCAGAAGAUUCUGUGUCUGAUAUGACAGGUGUAGUAGUUGACAUUGGGGAUGGAGCUCCACAUAUUGUGCCAGUUGUAAACGGCUAUGUAAUUGGGAGUAGCAUAAAGUCUUUUCCUCUUUCCGGAAGUGAUGUAACUCAGUUUGUUAUGCAGCUCUUACAGGAAAGGGGUGAGCUUCUUCCACCUGAUGAUGCUUUGGAUAUAGCUCGUAGGGUGAAAGAAACGUAUUGCUAUACUCCUUCAGACAUUGUCAAGGAGUUCAAGAAGCAUGACAGCAAGCCUAGUAAAUAUAUCAAACAAUGGUCUGCAAUCAAACCGAAGACUGGGGUUCCAUACACAAUUGACGUUGGAUAUGAGCGUUUUCUUGGACCAGAGAUCUUCUUCCAUCCUGAGAUGUAUUCUGCUGACUUCUCCACUCCUUUACCUGAACUGAUUGACAGCUGCGUUCAAUCUGCACCAAUUGACACAAGGAGAGCUUUGUAUAAGAACAUAGUAUUAUCUGGUGGAACUACCAUGUUUAAAGACUUCCACAAGAGACUCCAAAAUAAUAUAAAGAAGAUAGUAGACGAACGUGUUGCCGAAACUAAUGCACAUCAUCGUGUGGAGGUGAAACCUGUUGAGGUCAACGUAGUCACCCAUCCUAUACAGAGCUACGCAGUUUGGUUCGGGGGUUCUGUAGCUGCAUCCAGCCAUGAAUUCUUCGAGUGCUGCCACACAAAGGAAGAUUACGAGGAGCAUGGAGCAAGCAUCUGCCGAACAAGCACCGUUUUCAAAGGAAUGUACUGAAGUUUUGACAUAUCCGACAUUUUUGUAGGAGCUCUACUAGGUUUCUCCAAAUAGAAUAGAGUCAAAAUUGAUUCUCCUUUUGGCUCGUCUCAACCAUCACUGGGCCGAUAGAUUGUAGCUCAAUAUGUAGCUCUCUCUGUUCUGUACGACAUGUUGUGUAUAGUCAGCAAUUUUCUUCCUGUUCCAGGUGCAUGUUUGUUUGUAGCCAGUUGUGGUCGUAAGCAGAGAGAUGUUUUCCCCUUGUAUUCUUGUUUCAUCUAGAUAGAGGGUUGCUGAAAGAGUUUUGCUAUGUA